AUGUGUGAUUGGUGCUGAGAUGGAACGACUGUGCAAUGCUGGUUGUGCCAAAGCAGCGAUUGGUCAUCACAAUCAACAUCGGGUCAUCUGAUGAGAAUAUCCGUGGUUGGGGGAAGCUAUUUCGAGGUGAGGCGAACAUCAAUAUGCACAACUUUCCCUCAUUUAGCAGGAAGGCCCUGGACCUUCAGGCAAAGAUAGGGCAUGGUCAGACACCCACGACGGAUGGCAGGAAAACGGCACUGCCUCCCGAUUGGAAAGCGAAGGGACGCAUCAUGUUCGUCGACAAUGAUGGUUCCACCAUCGAAUUGGAUAACGACUUCCAGUCGGGAGUUGGUUCAGAGACCGGCAGCAUAGAAGCUUUCGGGGGUGGAGUAGUCGAUGCCGUAGCACAGAAAGACAAUGUCACUCGUUCUAUGGUGGGAGCCUAUUGCGAGGAUCCGUUCAUGUAUGAGAUCAUCCGCAGACUCGAGGCGAAGAACAAAGUGACUUCUGUCGAGUUUGAGUUGGUCAACGGCUUGUUGUUCCUUGAGAAGGCUGGGAAUAAACGUUUGUGUGUGCCUAAUAGAGAGUCUUUGCGCAAUUUAUUUCUAGGAGAGUGUCAUGACGCCACCGACCAUUUUGGCUACAAAAAGACAACAGCUAAUUUGCUGCAGCGGUUCUGGUGGCCCAUGAUGAUGAGAGAUGCCAAGCUAUACGUAGAGACUUGUCAGGUCUGUAAGAGAGACAAGCCCCGUACACAGGCCCCUCUUGGGCUCCUCAAGCCCUUUCGGAAUCCGGAAAGGCCUGGUGAGAGUCUGUCCAUGGACUUCAUGGACACGCUGGUCACCAACAAGAGUGGAAUGCGACACAUCUUUGUCAUUGUGGAUAGGUUUAGUAAGUAUGCUAGAUUAGUUGCAAUGUCGGAAACAGCAAAGACUGAGUAUGUCAUUAAGUUGUUCAAAGAGAACUGGGUCAGAGAUUUCGGACUGCCUAAGUCUAUCAUUAGUGACCAGGAUGUGCGAUUCACUAGUGAAUUGUGGAAAGCUGCAGAACAGGGCACGCAGUUGCAAAUGACAUCAGGCAAUCACCCAGAAGCGAAUGGACAGGAAGAACAGUUGAGCCGUGGUGUACAACACCUGCUCAGGCAUUACAUCAAGCCGAAUCAGGCUGUCGAACAGAUGCACGAGGCACAGGCGGCGAUGAUAAAGACUGAGAACAAACACCGCCGCCCAUCUACAGUCCAGGUAGGAGAAAGAAUCUGGGUUACAUUCCAGGUAGGAGAAAGAAUCUGGGUUAGGUCCUCAGAACUGGGACAAGAGUACGGGAUCUCCCGUACGCUCAUGCCGCAGUACUUUGGACCAUGGGAGGUUCUGGAUGUCUUUGGGGAAGAUCCGGAUGGGCCAUCUUAUGUUGUCCGGAUUCCUGGUCAUCUUCGCACUUACCCUGUCUUUCACGCCUCCAAGCUUGCACCAUUCGAAGAAACUGAUCAGUUUCCCUCUCGUCGCUCAACGUUGCCCCCAACCAUGGAUGGAGAGGUCGACAUCGACGACAUUGUUGACCACAGGGAGAUGCCAGUUCCAAGACCCACAGGCAAAGGACGUCCUCUGAAACCGAAGCUGCAGUAUCGAGUUCGGUUCAGACAUCACACUGAUCCAAAGGAGGACAGAUGUUUCAAAAGGGAGGAACUGAUGCAGACCGCUCCACAGGUAGUCGCUCACUACGAGAAGUCUCUGCAGAAGGGAAAAUGCCAGAUUAUCGAAGACUGAACUUCUCAGAGGACUAGCGAAGUAUGGUUUCUGGAGGAGGAAAUGCGAGGGACAAGGCCUCGAUAAGCCCUACAGGGCCCCUAUUUGCAACAGUGUCGGCCGCCCUAAGUGAAGGCAGGCUCGACCGACCCCAAGAGGCCUACUUUGGACUACUUCGCAACUGGGGAAAAUUCAGGCAGUUGCGCAGCGNAGUGAAGGCAGGCUCGACCGACCCCAAGAGGCCUACUUUGGACUACUUCGCAACUGGGGAAAAUUCAGGCAGUUGCGCAGCGCCAGUUGGUUGGACGUACCCAGGCCCUGGACCUCUUUAACAAAUGGAUCUGAGUCAG